AUGAACAUUUUCGAGCAUAAUAUAAAAAAUGUGGAUAAGGGAAAUGUAGUGGCUAUAGUAGGCACACAAUGGGGUGAUGAAGGGAAAGGAAAAAUAAUCGAUAUACUAUCAAAGUAUUCUGAUAUAACAUGCCGAUUUAAUGGUGGAGGUAAUGCAGGUCAUACAAUAUGUGUUGGUGAUAAAAAACAUGCUUUACAUUUAUUACCAUGUGGAGUUUUAUAUGAAAAUAAUGUAAAUGUAUUAGGUAAUUGUAUGGUGAUACAUUUAAAAACAUUAAUGAAAGAAAUAAAUAAUUUAGGUAAUAACAUACUUGAUAGAGUAUAUAUAUCUGAGAAGGCACAUAUAUUAUUUGAUAUCCAUCAAGAAAUUGAUGCCAUACAAGAAACUAGAAAAUCAAAAGAUGGUAAUGCAAUUGGCACAACAAAAAAAGGUAUAGGUCCUUGUUAUUCAACUAAAGCAUCACGUAUUGGAAUAAGAAUGGGGUCGUUAAAAAAUUUUGAAAAUUUUAAAAAGUUAUAUAUAAAAUUAAUUGAUAACUUAAUGGAAUUAUAUAACAUUAAAGAUUAUAAUAAAGAAGAGGAGCUAAAUGAAUUUUAUACAUAUCAUAAAAUAUUGAAAGAUAAAAUUAUAAAUAUUAUGUUAUAUAUAAAUAAAAGUAUAGAUUCAAAAAAAAAUAUUUUAAUAGAAGGUGCUAAUGCAGCAAUGUUAGACAUCGAUCUUGGUACUUAUCCAUUUGUAACUAGUAGUAGUACAACUAUUGGUGGAAUUUUUUCAGGUUUAGGUAUACAUCACAAAAAGCUAAAUUUAGUAGUAGGUGUUGUUAAAAGUUAUUUAACAAGAGUUGGUUCGGGACCAUUUUUAACUGAACAAUGUAAUGAAAUAGGGGAAUAUCUAACAAAGAAAGGUUUUGAAUAUGGGACUACAACUAAUCGUCCACGACGUUGUGGAUGGCUAGACUUACCUAUGCUUUAUUAUGUUAAAUAUAUAAAUUGUAUUGACAUUAUUAAUCUUACAAAGUUAGAUGUUUUAUCUGGGCUCAAGGAAAUAUAUAUGUGCAUUGACUACAAAAAUAAAACUACCGGUGAACUACUCGAAAGGGGAAGUUAUCCCUUAGAAGAGGAGCAAUUAAAAGAAUAUGAGCCAGUCUAUGAGAGAUUUGAAGGAUGGGAUGAAGAUAUAACUAAUUGUCUUGAAUUUGAUAAAUUACCAGAAAAUGCAAAAAAAUAUGUUUUGACUAUUGAAAGUUAUAUAAAGACACCAAUUGUAUGGAUAGGAGUAGGGCCAACUAGAGAUCAUACAAUUACUAGAAAAAUCGAUUAA